UGGACGUGAAAAACAAGAAGACAAAUAAGCAGACUUGUACAAUGAACGCGGAGGACAUGGAGGAGUCACUUAUGGAGUAUUUGGACGACGAAGACGACAUGGAGGACGCUGAGGACGGAGUCAUGGGCUUCAGCGACAGUCUGACUGGGGAGGUCAAACCCCGCAUCCUGCUGAUGGGUCUGCGGAGGAGUGGAAAGUCCUCAAUUCAGAAGGUGGUUUUCCACAAAAUGUCUCCAAAUGAGACACUGUUCCUGGAGAGCACCAACAAAAUUUGCAGGGAAGAUGUCUCCAGCAGCUCCUUUAUCAGCUUCCAGAUCUGGGACUUCCCUGGUCAGAUUGAUUUCUUCGACCCCACAUUUGACUAUGAAAUGAUCUUCAGAGGCACUGGAGCACUGAUCUUUGUCAUUGACUCGCAGGUAAGGUAAUAGUUGAGACGAGGGAUGGGUACCUUUCACAUUUGAACCAAUUCGGUACCAAUUCUAGGUACCUAGGAAUUUAUACUGGUCGGUACCAACUUUUAGU